AUGGGGCUGUCCUGGAAGAAUAGGGUCCUCACUGUCCUACUGGGGGUCGCUGCUGCCUCAGGCCUCACCACACUCAUUCUCUUCCUGGUGGAGGCCACCAGAAUCCUCCUGCCUGCAGACAGCAAGUUCGGGAUUGUGUUCGACGCCGGCUCCUCCCACACGUCCCUCUUCGUGUACAAGUGGCCAGCAGACAAAGAGAACAACACGGGCGUGGUCAGCCAAGCCCUGGCCUGCCAGGUGGAAGGGCCAGGGAUCUCCUCGUAUACGUCCAACCCUGCUCUGGCCGGUGAGAGCCUGCGGGGCUGCCUGGAGGAGGCGCUGGCGCUGAUCCCCAAGGCUCAGCACUGGGAGACGCCCACGUUCCUGGGGGCCACCGCCGGCAUGAGGCUGCUCAGCCAGAAGAACGGCUCUCAGGCCGAGCGCAUCUUCGCAGAGGUCGCCCGGGUCCUACGCCAGUCCCCCGUGGACUUUCGGAGCGCGGCGCUCCUGACGGGGCUGGAGGAAGGCGCCUUUGCCUGGAUUACCAUCAACUACGCGCUGGGCAUGCUGCUAACGUACACCUUCUCCGGAGAAUGGGCCCGGCCCCCCGAGGCGACGUUGGUGGGCGCCCUGGACAUGGGCGGGGCCUCCACGCAGCUCUCCUUUGUCCCCGGAGGCCCCAUCCUGGACCCCAGCACGCAGGCCUCCGUCCUCCUCUACGGCUCCAGCUACAACGUCUACACACACAGCUACCUGUGCUUCGGGCGGGACCAGGUGCUGAGCCGCCUCCUGGCCCGGCUGGUGCAGGGCAGCUCGUCGGGCCUGGUCCGUCAUCCCUGCUACCACAGCGGCUACCAGGCCACACUGCCCCUGGCGCCCCUGUUCGAGUCGCCCUGUGUCGGGACCUCGGCUCCCGCUGGCACCGCCCAGAACCUCACGAUUGAGGGCGCGGGGAACCCCGGGGCCUGCGUCUCUGCCAUCCGGGAGCUCUUCAACUUCUCCAGCUGUGAGGGCCGAGCAGACUGCGCCUUUGACGGGGUCUACCAGCCCCCCGUGCGGGGCCAGUUCUACGCCUUCUCCAACUUCUACUAUACCUUCCGCUUCCUGAACCUCACCUCGGGACAGCCCCUGGACACGGUCAACGCCACCGUCUGGGAGUUCUGCCUGCGGCCCUGGAAGCUGGUGGAGGUGAGCUAUCCCGAGCAGGCCCCCUGGCUUCGAGACUACUGCGCCUCUGGGCUAUACAUCCUCACACUCCUGCUUGAGGGCUAUGGCUUCAGCGAAGAGACCUGGCCCAGCAUCAAUUUCCGCAUGCAGGCGGGCGGGACCGACAUCGGCUGGACGCUGGGCUACAUGCUGAACCUGACCAACAUGAUCCCGGCCAAGGCGCCCAUCACGAAGCAGGCGGAGAGCUACGGCGUCUGGAUGGCCACCAUUGUCCUUGUGGCGCUGACGCUUGGGGCCAUUCUUGGGGCUGUUGCCGUCCAGCUCCUCUGGCCCUGGAACUAG